UCAAAACGUGCAAAGUUGUUAUGGGGUGUGACGGAGUCGUUGUUUGUUGCUAAUUUAUUAAUAUAAAAGUACAAUAAGUAAAUUGAACGGGGUGAUGACGAAGUGAUUGUCGUCGCGAAUGUGGCACACUGUGAAAUAGGAGCCGGAGCAAACGUAUUUGGCGGCACACGACAUUUCAAGGUCAAGAAAACGGCCCAGAAAAGGACUAGCAGCGGCGACAGCAGCACCGAGAAGGACAACGAUGGCGGGAGGCGAUCUGACUGGCUGCGCAGCCCUCAAAAAGUCCAAAUCGCGAUCAUCGUCCGCCGCCAACGACUCCGCGAAACAUCAGCACGACGGGGGCGAAACGUCCAAGCAAUUCGUCCAGCCGCAGACGACGCGCGGUGGGCUCCGCGUGUACAAAAUCGUGAUCCUUGGCGACGGGGGUGUCGGGAAGUCGGCUGUUACGUUACAAUUCGUCAGUCAUAGUUUCUUGGACUACCACGACCCAACUAUCGAGGAUUCGUACCAGCAACAAGCCGUAAUCGAUGGGGAAGCGGCACUUCUGGACAUUCUAGACACGGCGGGUCAGGUGGAGUUCACCGCGAUGCGGGACCAGUACAUGCGAUGCGGCGAGGGAUUCAUUAUUUGUUACUCGGUCACUGACCGACACAGUUUCCAGGAGGCAUCGGAGUAUAGGAAGCUGAUUGCUCGCGUUCGAUUGUCAGAAGAUAUCCCUUUGGUGUUAAUUGCGAAUAAAUUGGACUUGCAAUCACAGCGAAAGGUAUCGACAGAAGAAGGCAAAAACUUAGCAUCUCAGUUUGGUUGUCCAUUUUAUGAAACUUCAGCAGCUUUACGACACUAUAUCGACGAUGCGUUUUAUACAUUAGUUCGAGAAAUUAGGAGAAAAGAGCACCGGAGGGCGCUUGGUAACGGUUCAAGUUCAGAAAAAAUCAACCCUCGUCGUCGUAGUCGAUGGUGGCGAAUACGAUCAAUAUUCGCCCUAGUGUUUCGUCGAAGGCGCAAUCUCAACUAAGAAGCAAAUUCAUCCAACGCGCAACUGUAAAACAAAUACAACUUGGAAAGUCACACGCAAAAAUGAACAUUAUUCUAUGGUAAACCCUAAACGUUUCUAAACAAAUAUCUUUAGGUGUAGAGUAUUUUCACUAGUUUAAAUGUGUUUUGUUCCCUUCUCCUUCACGUCCAUUCUGAAGCUAAUUCUCAUGAGGAGAACGAAAUAUAAGCUCAAAUCAUCUAGGGCACAAUAUCUAUUUAUUAGUAACUGUACGUGUCUCUUAAUGUCUGUCUGUCUGUCCGUAAAGUGCUCUUAUUGAAGUGCGAAAGAAGCAAUGGAUAUACAAUUGUUUUUUCAAGUACACCAAAAACUGUAAAUGUAUGUAGAAAUUUUAUUGUAGCGAAGAUGAUAACAUAAACCGACAAUUAUUCGAUUAAUUAUAUAUUCGAAAUCGAUUACUUUUGUUAGUGAGUUGUCAGUUUUGUUCAUUCAGUUUAAAAGUAUCCACUCUUCUGUGUACAAUUAAUUCUAUGAAAAAGUGAAGCCAAUCUAUCAACCAAAAACAGUAUACGAGGGAUCAUAAUAUUCUACAGAUGAUUAUAGAUUUUUUCACUCUAGUCCUAGUUUUAUAGUAACAAGACAACGGAACACACUUCAACAAUAACAUACAACGAGUAUUUGAAUAUUUACAUACUAACCUUCUUGAAGGACACGUAGCCGUGAAUGCACAUAAUCCCAUAAAUUAAACAUUCAUUUUUAUGUUACAACUUAUCUUUUUGUUCGAUUACUAAAAUAUCAGAACCACCACUAUUUAUUUUCGAAAAAGCUAUCAUCCGUAACUAUCCGAAGUUAAUUGAAAUAAUUCGUGAGGAGAGUUUGAAUUAAUGUGAUAUUUAAAAUUUACAGAUUGAGACAAUAUGUAGGCAGAUGAAUGUCAGAUAAACAUUCGAAAUUAAUAGCGACAAAGCCAACCUUCUAUAGUUGGUCGCAAUGUCAGACCGUUUGUUUUUAUAAUGAAAAUAUCUUUGAUAUGAAUGCUAUUCUUUUCUUCACUAAUACUUUCGAGUCGCAUGAUUGAUUUCACUGCUUAGAUUACAUGGGGGAUGGGAAAGUUACCUGCUAUGUUUCGAAAUGCUGAUACAGGAUCCUAAGCAAAAAUCUCUACCCCAAAAUUUUAGAAUAACGGCCCGAACACUGAGUUUUGCUAUGAUCGAUAAGACAAUCAGUAAAAAUACAUUUCUUCAGGUAUUACUACUGAGCACAGCUCGGUUUACAAUCAUUAAUUCACUUCAACGAAUUCUAUUCAAAUUUGAAUUGUCUCUUGUAUGCCGAAGAACAUCUGUUAAGCAUUUUGUCGCUUUCGCUUUUUUCCAAGCUACUUGAAUAAAU